GGUGCCCCUGAUCUGUAUAAAAAGUGGCUGUUUGAUUUGUCAUUUGCAUCACUCUCAGCCUUUAAAGUGUACCAAGCUACUCUUUUUCCACUGUAAUUUGAAAAGUUCACUGUAACUUCCUGAAAUGUUAGCAGCAUCUUUGAUCUGGGGAAUAGUGAUGAUACUAUGCUGUUGUUUUUGGUUUAUUCUGGGACUAAGAAGGAGGCGUCCAGGUGAGCCGCCAGUGGAAAACGGGCUACUUCCAUAUCUGGGCUGCGCUUUGCAAUUUGGUGCCAACCCUCUUGAAUUUCUCAAAGCAAGACAAAAGAAAUAUGGGCACAUUUUCACUUGCAAAGUGGCUGGAAAAUAUGUUCAUUUUCUCACUGACCCUUUUUCAUACCAUUCAGUGAUACUCCAAGGAAGGCAUUUGGACUGGAAAAAGUUCCACUUUGCUGCUUCUGCAAAGGCUUUUGGACAUGGCAGUAUUGACCCACGUGAUGGAAACACCACUGAAAAUAUGCAUCAGACUUUCAUUAGAACCCUGCAAGGCAAUGCCCUGAAUUCCCUCAUUGAAGCUAUGAUGAAAAACCUACAAUAUGUCAUGCUGCAAUCAAGUACAUCUAAACUGCAUUCCAACAACUGGGUAACAGAUGGGCUGUAUGCAUUCUGUUGCCGGGUGAUGUUUGAAUCUGGCUUUUUAACGCUUUUUGGUACAGAGUUUAAUUCAACCCAAGACCAGAAUCUAUCUCAGCAGGAAACUCAGAGAGCACUUAUUCUAAAUGCUCUUGAAAACUUCAAGGAAUUUGAUAAAAUCUUCCCAGUCCUUGUCGCAGGCAUGCCUAUCCAUGUGUUCAAGAGUGCCCACAACGCACGGGAGAAGCUGGCAGAGGCUCUGCUCCAUGAGAACCUCAGAAAAAGGAGCAACAUCUCUGAGCUCAUCACUCUCCGUAUGUUCUUAAAUGACACUCUGUCGACUUUUGAUGAUAAGGAAAAAGCAAAAACCCACCUGGCUGUACUAUGGGCUUCACAAGCUAACACAAUACCCGCUACUUUCUGGAGCUUGUUCUAUCUUAUUAGGAGCCCAGAAGCAAUGAAAGCAGCUACUGAAGAGGUGCAAAAAACACUGGAAAAUGCUGGUGAAAAGAUCAAUUUAGAUGGCAAAUGUAUCUCCUUGAAUCGAAAACAACUGGAUAAUAUGCCAGUAUUAGAUAGUAUUAUCAAGGAAGCAAUGAGGUUGUCCAGUGCAUCCAUGACUGUCAGAGUGGCUAAGGAGGAUUUCACCUUGCACUUGGAUAAUGAUUCCUACAACAUCCGCAAAGAUGACAUUGUAGCUCUUUAUCCUCAGCUGCUGCACUUUGAUCCAGACAUCUAUGCUAAUCCCUUGACAUUCAAGUAUGAUCGCUAUCUCGAUGAGAAUAGAAAAGAAAAGACUAUCUUCUAUCGCAACGGUCACAAGUUAAGAUAUUACUACAUGCCAUUUGGAUCAGGAAUAGCAAAAUGUCCUGGAAGAUUAUUUGCUGUCCACGAAAUCAAACAGUUUUUGACUUUGGUACUUUCAUACUUUGAAAUCGAGCUUCUUGACAGCAAUGUGCCGUGUCCUUCUUUAGACCAAUCCCGAGCAGGGCUGGGUAUUUUACAACCAACUAAUGACAUUCAUUUCAAGUACAGAUUAAAAUGUCUGUGAAUAUAUAAAACAUUUUACCUAUAGGAAAAAAAAUCAGUAUCAAGAUUAUCACUGAUCUAAAAACUCCAAACAGAUUACACCAUAAUGCUAAUGCAUUGCAAUGUGAAUAGCACACAGUGCUGGUAGGGAUUACGGAAAUGGUUGUUUUUCCUUCCACCAGGCUUUUCAUAUGCAAAUUGAGAUUUUUGUACUGGGGAAUCCGGCAUACAUUUUCUUUUCUGCCAGCAAACACAACUUCUUCCUGUGAACGGAAUAAGAAUAUUGCCCUCUGAGUUAAAUAAUUUCCCCAUAUUUGCUUGUAAACAAAUUUUUGCCAUUUUCACAGAUGAAAGGUCUUAUUUUUUUCAUUAUUGUAACAUUUUUGUUGUAUAAUGGAAUAAUGCUUUAUGUUUUCAUGGAAAAACUAGCACAGUUUUUGAGGAAAACCUACAAAUGUUUCACGUUUUAGUGAAACUGCACCAACUUGUACUAUAUUCCUGGUGUGAGAAUCUUUUCACAAAACUCUAACCACAUGGGUGUGAAUCUAAUUGACUAAGGGAGAUGCUUCUCUCAGUUGUCUGCUCUUUCGUCAUUUUUCAACAGUCCAAUGUCAUAAAGCUCAGCCAUGAUUCCUUUCUCUAUUCCAUACAAUUCUAUUCAUUUCAGUGUUCCAAACUGGGCAUUUAACAUCAUACAAGACCAACUAAAUUUGGAUUGAUUUUCUUAGGGAAAUUUCUUCAGGGUAGAAGAGGUGGUUUUGUUGUCAUCUGUCAAUGAAAAAAACAAAUGAGAAUCUAAUCUACAGUUGGUUUUUCCCCAUUCCUUGCAUGUUUUCAGGGAUUGAAGGUCUGAUCUUGCAAACCUUACUCAUGACAGUAACCCCUGUCCAGGAAGAGAUCACAUAAAGAGCUCUUAGCCAUUUCUAAACUGCAUAUACAGCCAAAAAUUCCAUUGCAACUUAUAAGAGUUAUUCCUAAAUUAGGAAUUUGGGAUUGAGCCCUAAAUCUGCUUUAGAUUUGCCAUCUGCUUCCCUUCUCAGUAGCCUUUAUUUUAAAUAUUCCUGGACAAAGAAAAAGAAAAGGUUCUGCUAUUUGUAAUUAUUUAUUACCCAUAUUUUGUCUUCUAAUUUUAUUUACUCACUUUUCAUUUUCAAAAGAGAAAAUGACACUCUAUCACUUCAUGUCUGUCUUAGCGUUUUAACUGUUAUGUACAAUGUAAAUACAGUUUAAUUUCUUAUUGUAGCUGAUAUGGUUGUAACCUUAAAAUAUGGAUUAUUUUCACAGUUUUGUCAAUCAUAUUUAUGUAUAAUCCAUUUACCAUACAUUGCUGCUCCCACCUAAAGUGUGUUAGAAGUACAGUAGUAUGCUACUCAUACACAGCAUGGAAGGCCUUGCUGCCUUUACAGUAUGGCUCCUUUCCUCUUAAAAAAGUUCUUUUUAAAAAUCAAUGUUGGUGGAGGUGGUGGGAUAUGGUAUGCAGCAUAUUCUUCCACUAUGAAAAGUAGUAACUAGUAGAAUGAAAACACAAAACAAUGGGGAAAGACUAUGAAAACACUUCCUCUACUGUUUUAAACAUAUUUAUUGAUAAAUUAAUUUUGCAUUACUUUUACUUUAUUCCAGGUUCCCUGGAACAUUUCAGCCUCCAUCUUCCUUCUCCUAUCCCCUUUAAUUUAGCUGCCUUUUCAGCAGCACUUUGUGGCCUAACAUCUACUUUCAGUUCACUUUGUAUUUUGAAAACUAACUUGGAAGUGUUAAACAGUUGCUAAUGUUGACCUCUAUCACCAUCUUCCACAGAGAUACCUAUGGGAAGGAGAACAUAUGAACAAAUUCUCUCCCAGAAUUCCAUGGGGACAGGUGCAGGGUCUGCAUCUUGUGGAAUGGGUAUUGAUUUUUAGCCCCAAACUCUGCUGAUUGUGAGGAAUCCACAAGAGGCACAAAGACCUAUGUUAGCUCUGAGGACCUAGUAACUUUUCCUCUCCCAUUGCUUCCUGGCAGUGCAGCUCCACUUGAGACAGCUAGCGGGCUUUCCCCCUGACCAUGUCUGCCCCUCUUAAAGGUGCUUCACACUGUACAGAGGGUGUGUGCAUUCAAGUAGCACAGCCCCAGAGUCUAUUAUCUUUUCUGGAUAAUGUCUAUGGGUAACAUCCAUGGGAGGAUGAUGAAAGGGGUGAAAGUAAGGCGGUACAGGCUGGUACAGUGUACCGGUAAAAAGUGUCUGCCAGUACCGGCCCCAACUGCCUUACUUUAACGUCGCUGCUGCUUUUGCGCCCCCAUCAGCGGCCCCUCCUGUAGCAAAGGAACCUGCUUAAAGCACUGCCAUGGCAGUGCUUUAUUGUCACUGCCCCUUUUGCCACCCCAGGCUGCCAACAGAGGCAGGGGACAAAAGGAACAGCUGCCCCGGGGCCUGCGAUUUAAAAGGGCCCAGAGCCCUGGGCCCUUUUAAAUCGCUGCUGGAGCCCCGGGUGGCAUGGGCCAGGCAGCCUGGAAGGGCUGACCCCAGCCCCGUCCCUUCUGCCCAAGGCCCCACCUCUUUCAGGGGUGGGACAGAGCUGGCCCCUAUACCGGUAAGUUUUCAAUUUUACUUUCACCCCUGGGUGAUGCACCCUUUCCCCCAGUCUUUCAACUUCUUCUCCAACUU